AUGAUGCUAGCUGACAAUCACACCUUUUUUGCCCCUGUGACCUACAUCCUGACCGGCAUCCCGGGUACAGAGGAGUCUCAUGUCUGGAUCGCUAUCCCCUUCUGCCUGAUGUACGUUACAACACUUUGUGGGAACUCUCUCCUACUAUUCAUCAUACUAACAGAACAAAGCCUCCAUGAGCCCAUGUAUCUAUUCGUCUCCAUGCUGGCCACUGCUGAUCUGCUGUUAUCUACCACGACAGUGCCCAAGAUGCUGGCGGUAUUCUGGUUUAGAGCGGGGGAAAUUUCUUUUGCUGCCUGCCUGACCCAGAUGUUCUUCAUCCAUGCCAGUUUUAUUGCUGAGUCGGCCAUCCUGCUGGCCAUGGCAUUUGAUCGGUACAUUGCCAUCUGUGACCCCCUGAGAUAUACCAUCCUGCUGACCAAGUCUCUGAUCGGGAAGAUAGGGCUGGCAGUUGUCACAAGAAGUUUCUGUAUCAUUUUCCCUCUCAUCUUUCUCGUGAAGCAGCUGAAGUUCUGCAGAACCAAUCUCCUGCCUCACACCUACUGUGAGCACAUGGGCGUAGCCCGGCUAGCUUGUGACGAUGUCACAGUCAACAUCUGGUAUGGUGUAGCCAUAGCUAUUUUAGUAAUUGGUUUGGAUGCUGUGCUCAUUGCUAUAUCUUAUGUGCUGAUCCUCAGAGCCGUCUUCCGGCUCCACUCCAAGGAUGCCCGGCUCAAGGCUCUCCGCACCUGCGGCUCCCAUGUCUGUGUCAUACUGAUGUUCUACAUGCCGGCCUUUUUCUCCUUUUUUGCACACCGAUUUGGGCACAUCAUCCCAGGUUAUAUUCUCAUCCUACUGGCCAACCUCUAUGUGCUCAUUCCCCCCAUGAUAAACCCCAUCAUUUAUGCGGUGACAACGAAAAAGAUUCUGAAAUGGGUGAUCAAUGUGUUUUGUUGGUGUUGCAGUAGAAGCUUCCUGUUGAGCUGAAGCAGGCAACAGAAAAUAUAUUGGGACUUGGAAAUUAAAGCCAGGUUUUCAUUGGAACUAUAAGGGUGUUUUUAUUAUGUACUUACAC